CACUUGGAGAACUUUGCCAGGGACAAACGGAGUUGUGCUGCCCAGUUUGUCCCGGCUCGGGAACAAACCGGCAGCUCCUCCCCUGCCAGCCGGGGCACUCUGGUCACCGCUUGGCUGCACCUGCACUGUUCUGUCCUCGCCUGUGACCGGACUUAGAAAUCAGCUGCGGAAAAGAGUCGGCCAGAGCAACCCAAGCAGCUGAAUGUACUUUGAGAGGACACGAUGAGUACAUGAAGGCAGCUCUGACUGAACUCCCCGAGCUCUAACACACAGGAGAAGCAGUUCUGCUCUGCGUGGAUCCUCUGCCCACGCUGAAAAUGCCAGAGGCCGGUGCGAGCGUCCUCCUGCUCCGUGCUUGCCUGGCACUGCUAGCCUCGCCCAUCUACCUGCUGUCCUUCCUGGGCAUGUGGGAGCCCUUCUGCAGGAAGGUCUUUUUUCCUUUCAUUUUGGACAAGAUUGGUGUAGUUCACGAGAGGAAGUCAAAGAAGCACAAGCAGGAACUAUUCCGUAAUCUUCCUGAUUUCAGAGGCCCCUCAGGGGAGCUGAGGCUGCUGGAGAUAGGCACUGGCAGCGGCACCAACUUCCAGUUCUACCCACCGGGCUGCAAAAUCACUUGCACCGACAUCAACCCCCACUUCCAGGAGAGUCUCUCCAGAAACAUGAAGAAGAACGAGCACCUCCACUACGAGCGGUUCCUGGUGGCUGCGGGAGAAGACCUGCACCAGGUGCCCAGCGGCUCCGUGGACGCCGUGGUUUGCACCCUGGUGCUGUGCUCCGUGCACAGCGUCAGCAGCACCUUGAAGGAAGUGCUCCGGGUGCUCCGGCCGGGAGGAGCUUUCUAUUUCUUGGAGCACGUGGCCGCUGAGCAUUCCAGCUGGAAGUAUUUUUGGCAGCAGGUCUGUUACCCGACUUGGAAACUCAUCUUUGCUGGAUGCUGCCUCACGAGAGAGCUAUGGAAGAAUCUGGAAGAGGCCAAGUUCUCAGAGCUGAAGAUACAACACAUAAGUGUGGCGCUGCCCUGGAUGCCCAUCGAGCCACACAUCGUGGGGUACGGGGUGAAGUAACCCCUGUCCUGCCCCCCGUCCCCCAAAAUUCUUCAUUUGACCAACACACCCUGCACGGCACAGGCUCCUCCACACGUGCCUGUAUCAGUAACACAGUGAAGGACUUACAUCGGAAGCCAAACUAUCAGGUGAUAAGAGAGGGUCAAUUUUCUGAAUGUCUCUGAAUCACAUAAUCAGCAAGGUUGGAAAUGACCUUUUGGAUCAGAGUCCAACAGUUAACUCACCACCAGCACCAUGUUCACCACUAAACCGUGUCCCCACAUGCCACAUCCACAUGUCUUUUGAACAUUUCCAGCGGUGGUGACUCCACCACUGCCCUGGGCAGCCUGUGCCAGGGCCUGACAGCCCUUUCUGUGAAGAAAUCUUUCCUCCUAUCUAAUCAAACCUCCCCUGGUGUAACUUGAGGCUGUUUCCUUCCUGGAGCCCUGGCACUGCUAACCCUGCCUUGCUGCAGGGUUAACCCUUGCUGCUAACCCAGCCCGGUGCAGCCAGGGAGGAUCCCAGGACAACAAAAAACCCGCCCGGGAGGCAGAAAAUAAAUGUAUAAAUGGAAAGAGA